UCAGUUGGGGCGCACGUUUUUCACUUGCCCAAGGCGGACAGAAAACAAAUUGAAAGUGUUCAAACUGUUUAAAUUCUACAAAGUGUCUCGUGUGUGUUGCGUUGCGUUAAGUUCGCCAGAAGUGUAAAUAUCGUGUGCAAAUACAAAACGCUAAAUUUGUUUAUCACCAUUCAAUCAAUUUUCUUGCAAUUUCAUUUCGAUAUUAUUUUUAACUUGUGCUUCGUUUGGUCGAUGUGAAAUCUUAACGUUAGGCAUAAAUCGCAUAAUUUAUUGUCAAGCUAUGCAGUUUACUUAAGUUAUUGCUUUUUAAUUUAUUUAAUUGCAAUUCAAAUCAAAAGGUGUAAGUCAAUAUUGAAAUGACUGUUUUCAAACACUGAAUAAACAAAUAAUUACCGAAUGCGAAUUUCAUUGCGAAUUUCUUUGUGAAUUUUUUAAUUACAAAAUUAUAGAAAUUUCGCUAAAUUACUUGACAACAAUUACAGCGGAAAAAGCAAUCGUCGUCAACCGUUGUCGUUUGCCUUGUCAUGCUGCAGCAUCAAACAAACAGUCAGAACAAUUUGACAUUUCUAAAAUCAAAUUACAAAUAUAAGCGCAGAAACAUUCUGACAAUGCGCGCACUUCCUGCCUGUUGCGUAGCUCGUACACCAAACCAAUUAGCGGCAACAUUGUCAAAGACGGAUUCGAAGACGUCAGCAGCAGCAACAGCAACAGUAACAACAACAACAACAACCAUUGCUCGCAAAUGUAGCACAAUUCUAAGUUUAUUUAUAGUAAUCAUAUGGAAGGUUUUGCAAGCAGCAGCCAAUUGCUGCCUGCGCUAUGCUGGCCGCAUUAUUGCCAAUGCCGAUGAUCAUGAGAAUGCGUAUGCGUAUGUGUUUGGCCAUGACCAUGACGUCAAUGCGACCGCAGUGAGACAUCUACAACUGGUAGCAUUUCCACAAUCGCACUCGCACUCACAUUCACACUCACAUACACGCACUACGCACGCUGAGGAUGACGCUAAUGACGAGGUGUCAACGGCACGUGAACAACAGCAGCAACAACAGCAACGACAGCAGCAACAUUUAUCUAGUUCUAGUCUACAAAAGAGCAGCAACAGCCUGACGACAACAGCAGCAGUAGCAACUACAACAGCAACAGCAGCAACUACAACAGCAGCAACAUCAUCAGCGACAACAACAACUAGAGUCGUGAUGUUGUCGGCGGCCAAGUCUAGACUGCCAUUGAUGACUUUGUUAAUUGCAUUGCUGCUGAGCAUGCGUCUCACAUCGGCUGGCACCUGUUGGCAAACGCAUCUUGGCAGCGGGAAAUGCAAUAAAAUCUUUUCCACCAACAUCACAAAGUCUGAUUGCUGCGGCGUCAGCCAGACAUUCUCCUACACGGAUCGCGAGCUGAGCAGUGUGGAGUAUUUCUUUGCCACAGCCAUUGGAGGUGGCGUUGAGUGUGCGCCAUGCAUAGAGAGUUGCAAGGGCUUUAAAUGUGGGCCAAACAAAAAGUGCGUGAAACGCAAAGGAAGGCCCAAAUGUGUGUGUGCACCUGAAUGUGGUGCAACACUGCGGCGCAAGCAUCAGCUGCAACAGCAGCAGCAGCAACAGCUGCAGCAGCAACAACAUCACAAUGUUGCCGAGCAACAGUCGUGGCAACCACCGAAAUCAUCAGCGCAGUUGUUGUCCGCAAUGCCGCCGCGUGGCUCACGUAGUCUAAUUAGUGAAAUUACAAAUGCCAAUUUAGGUUUAGAUGGCGCCAAACGUCAAGGCGAAAGCAGCAGCAACAACAGCAGCAACAACAACAACAGCAACGGUACUGAUAACCAAAGAAAUCAACUGCAAGAGAAGCCAAUGCCAAUGCCAAAGCGAACCAGUCGUCGAAGGGGGAUGCUGGGCGAAACGAAACACAGAAGACUUUUGAUUAUAGACAGCAGCAGCAACAGCAAUUUGCAAGAGCAGCCGACAACCAGACGAUUGCAUAUGGAGGGCAACGGCAACGGCAACGGCGGCAGAGUGCAGAUGCAGAUAAAAGCGGAGAGGGAGACGGAAUGGGAGAAAGAGUUGGAGAUGGAGAGAUUGGCGCCGAUACGGGGCUACGAUCGUCGCAGACAUAGAAAAAAUAACAGCAGCAACAACAACAACAACAGCAGCAGCAGCAGCAGCAGCAGUAACAACAAUGGCAAACACUUAACAAGAUCAAUGACGACGCUAACGUCGACAACAACAACAACAGCGUUGAAGGUGACGGCGACGGCGACAGGAGCCAAUGACUCGUCGUCCACGACGCCUGCGCAGACAGCUCAGUCUAGACACAAGUUGGCAAAUGCUAAUGAACCCGCCAACGACAUUAACAGACAGCAGCAGCAGCAACUGCAGCAGAAAGACAAUGCUCCAGCUCGAGUCAGACACCAACAUCAGCAGCAGCAGCAGCAGCAGCAGCUUGCUCCAAAUCACGAACAACAAUACGACAAUGGAUCGCAGCAGCGCAGGCAUAAGCAUAAGCACAACCACAAGGAUAAGCCGCACACAGCAGCAACAGCAACAGCAGCAGAAGGCAUAUUGCUGACAGCGAAUACCACAAUGUCUGGGUCUGGGUCUGAGUCUGGGACUGGGUCUGGGUCUGGGACUGGCGCACGUCGUCGUCUGUAUCUGGCUGAACACGGAAGUGAAACGGCUGCGUCAUCGGGCACGAGCAGCGGCAGCAGCAGCAGCAGCAACAGCCACUUGGCUAAUACCGAUGAUUUAACAUUUCUGGCUGGAAUUUAUGAGGCUGCGCCAAUGGUGCAACAGCAGCAGCAACAACACCACACAAAUCCGGUUUGUGGCAAUGAUGGUCGCACCUACAACACUGAAUGCCAGCUGCGCAAACGUGCCUGCCGCACCAACAACGCCCAACUUGAGGUCGCCUAUCGCGGCCACUGCAAGACCAGCUGCAAUGGCGUUCAAUGUGUGAACGGACUGACUUGUGUGGAGGAUCAGUACAUGAUGCCACAUUGCAUAGUAUGCAAAAUUGAUUGCCCCUGGGACGAUGAUGAUGAUGUUGAUGAUGAGAGCGCUGCAUACGAUCUGGAUAGCGAUGAGGAGAAGUCGCAGCGGCAGCAGCGACGGGCGGUGUGCGGGGUGGAUGGCAAAACAUACAGGAGCACUUGUGAUAUAAAUCGUAUGAUUUGCAAAAUUGGACGAUCAAUUGCUGUGGCGUAUCCGGGACCGUGUCGAGCGGACCACGUCACCUGUGAGGACAUCAAGUGCGGCCCAAAGGAUACUUGCCUCAUCGACCUGCGUACGCACAUGCCACGUUGCGUCUCUUGUCGCUAUAAAUGCGCCCGCAAGCAGCAACGGACGCAAUUUCGGGCGGACAAAAUCUGUGGCAACAACAAUCACACGUAUAACUCGUGGUGCGAGAUGCGCAAGGAUUCGUGUGCCACGGGCUAUUUUAUUGGCGUUCGAUCGACGGGCGUCUGUUAGAACAAAUUAGCAAAAAUA